AUGCGUUUUACGGUGGCCACUAUUUCCAAUGAGUAUAAAUCAAUUUUUGAUGACUUCGACCUUGUAAUGAAAGGCCAAUAUAGUAAAAUCAUACGAAUUGAACGAAUUCAAAAUGAAUAUUGUUACCUUCAAUAUACCAUUCAUAGCCGAAGCUUCAAAAAUGAGUUAAAUAGUGAUACAGAAAAGCGUUUAUAUCAUGGUUGUCCAGAACAGGCAGUUACAUCGAUUAUAAAGCAUGGUUUCAAUAGAAAUUAUGCUGGACAACAUGGCACGGCCUAUGGUGUGGGCGUUUAUUUUUCAUCAAAUGCAGGUUACAGUCACUCUUAUGCAACUCCAGACGCUAAAGGAGAGCGACACAUGUUUCUAUCGCGUGUUCUGAUCGGAAAAACGUAUCCAGGAACUUCUUUUAUGAAAAUGCCACCUGAUGGAUUCCAUUCGACUACUGACGGAACUCAUAUUUUCGUCGUUUAUCAUGAUGCUCAAGCACAUGCCGAAUAUUUAAUUACAUAUGCAUAG